AUGUUGGGUCUCAUCUUGGUCGGCCUCGCUUCGGCCUACAGCAUCUGGAGCUUCGCCUGCCUCGAGGCCAACGUGCGCAAGGCUCGCGCCCUCGGCCUGCCCGUCGCCCGGCUGCCUGUCGACGCCAACAACGUCUUCUGGAUCCUCUUCCAGCCUCACUUCUACAGCCUCCUCGACCGCCUUCCCAUCCGCUGGCUCUCCUACCGCUGGGCGCUCGGGUCGCCCGUGAGCAUCAACAUCCAUGUGGCCGACCCUGAUGCCAUCCAGGACAUUGUCACUCGUCGCGGCGACUUUCAACAUCCCACCGCAGAGCUUAAAAUACUAGAGCUCUACGGGCCGUGCAUAUCGACAGUCAAGUGGCCCGACUGGCCGCGUCUCCGCAAGCCCAUGGCCACGCCCUUCAACGAGACCAUCAUGGCCUCCGUCUGGGCUGAGUCUCGCCGCCAGACCUUCGGCAUGUGGGCCUCAUGGACAAAAUUCGCCGAUGCCGGCAUCCCCAGUUAUCAGCGCGACACACGCACACUCUCCCUCAACGUGCUUGCCGCCGUCGGCUUCGGGAAGCCCUACGACUUCCGCGUCUCGACAGAGCCUUCUGUGGACGAGAUUGGCGAGUACCGCGACUCCCUCCAGACCGUCCUCGACAACAUCAUCCUGCUGCUCAUCGUGCCUUUCCGCGUACUCCAGAUAGUCCCCGGUACUUGGGCCAAGAUCGUCAACGCAGCCGCCGCCGAUCCGGAUGCCAAAGGUGUAAAGAGGGGGCUCUCCGUGGACGAAAUCUUCGGCAACCUGUUCGUCAUCAACUUUGCUGGCCACGACACCACCGCCAAUACCCUGGCGUUCGUCACCCUGCUGCUGGCAGCGCACCCUGAUGUCCAGGCCUGGGUCGCCGCCGAGACCGAGGCUGUGGCCGAGGGCAAGCCGGUGGAGGAAUGGGAUUACAAGCAGAUGUUUCCCAAGCACAACCGCUGCCGGGCCGUCUUCUAUGAAACCUUGCGCCUGUUCCUUCCCGUGCCCGCUUUGCCCUCCACCACUAGCGACCAUCCUCAGCAAGUGACCGUCGGAGACAGGACCUACACCGUGCCUGUCGGUGUCAACUUCACCGCCAACUUGCGCGCCAUGCAGACGCACCCGCAGUACUGGUCCAACGAGAUCUAG